AGGGCCCCAUGGGAGAACUCCCUCCCCUCCAGGUUCAGCUGCUUGUGGCUGCAGCCUACGCUCCCAGGAGGGGCUCUUUCUUGCCUCUGGCUAUGACAGGGGAGGGCUUGGAGCUGGGCGCCCAGCUGGCCCUCAAGGGGGCCGUGCUGGAGCUGCUGGUGAGCCACCCAGGGGGCAUCCCUCUGCGAAAUUUCGGGGGCCUUUUCUACCAGCACCACAGCCGACGCCUGGAUCUAGCCCGGCACGGGUACCUCUCGCUGCGCCACCUCCUGGGCGACAUGAAGGAGCUGGUGACUCUGGACGAGGAGGGUGAGGAGACAAAGGCUCGGUGCCGGCACCUGGCCUGCAACCCGCUGCUGGAGGCCAAGCGCCCCAAGAGACGCCACCGGCCCCGCCGGAGCCGCAAAGAGGUGCCGCCCGAAGGACAGCCGUCAGAGGCUGCUAACACAGGGGGGGUUGCAGGGUGUAGGGGGCUGCCCCUAGUGUGGGGAGAUAGGAGGCUGCUCCCUGGUGGGGAUGGGAAAUGCAUGGACCGCACUGCAGGUGCUGGCUACACUACCAGGCGCAACAGUGAUUUGUCAGGACUGAUCUGUAUCAGGACUCCUUGGGCCUUCCCCUGGCUCUGGGAGCAGAGGGGAGGAGUUUAGUGGUUUUAUUCCCGGUUUUGCCAUCUACCUCAGGCAAAUUCUCUCUCUCGCCCCCUCAAAAAUCAUAGAACACUAGAACGGGAAGGGAUCUCAAGAGGUCAGCAAGUCCCAUCUCCUGCCCUCACAGC